AUGAAGUCAAUAGCCUUUUGCGAGUUUGCAGAACUCCUUAGCCUACUGGCUACAGCGCAAUUAGCAGUUGCGAAGAAGGCUAGCUUCGCCGAACUUUCGCUUUCACGUAGCGCCGCACCGUUGCCGUCAACGCUGAAGAAGAGGCAAUCCAACCUUCCGCUCACCAGAUCAUUUGGCAAUGAGACCUACACGGUCAACGUGGACAUCGGAAACCCAAAACAGAGCGUUAAAUUAGCAGUGGAUGUUGGCUCCUAUGUUACAUACGUGCUCGAAACAUGCGAAGAGAACUAUUUCUACAUUGAACAAUGCAAGACUUUCGGAACGUACAACGAGUCACUUUCCUCCUCAAGCAAGUAUGUCUCGUCCGAUGAGGCCUAUAUAGACAACGACGACGGAAGUUCCUAUUCGCUGGUCCACUAUGCCGAUGAUUUGACCAUACAAGGCGAGGAUACUUUGAAGAACGUAACAUUCGGCGUCUACGAGUAUCCCUCUGCGGUUCAUUCUGGCUCGCUAGGCCUUGGCUUCGGCAGGGGAGUCAACUCAAACCACUCCAAUGUGGUUGAUGAACUCGUGUCCCAAGGCGUGAUGCAGACCAAGGCCUUCGGACUGGCCCUUGGGACGGGCCACAGUCUAAAUGAAGGCUCUCUGGUCUUGGGCGGCGUUGACACGAAAAAGUUCGCCGGUGCACUCCAGAAGGUCCCUAUUAUCGAUCCCCCAAAAUAUCCAUUUGAUUAUGAAGAGUUCAGGUACUGGAUGAACGUGGAUAGCCUUACGUUACGAAACGGGAUUAACGAGAGCUCACACCCAGGGUUCAAAGUGAUGACCCAUUCCAUGGACGAAGUGAGCUACCUCCCUACCAAGGUUGUCAACGAGAUUGCUUCAGCAUUUGGUAUCUACAACACCAGCGACGAGAUCGAUGAAUGGUACGUGGUUCCUUGCGAGUCCAAAGACCUCGUGAAAGGAUCUGUGGAUCUACACUUCGGCGCCCUGAAUGUCAGCAUCCCGUAUGCCGAUUUUAUCAUCUCCAGUACACAGCUGGAGGAAAUUGAUUAUGAGACUGCGCGCGAGCUGUGCUACUUGUCUACUUUCCCAUGGGAUGACUUGGAGGUCGAGAAAGACAUCGACUUCUAUUACCUCGGUCACCCAUUCCUAAGAGCUGUAUAUGCUGUGUAUGAUCAAGACAACAGGGCUAUGUGGCUGGCGAAUCGGAAUGAGUGUGGGAGCGAUAUCAAAGAAAUCACCAAGAGUGAAGAUUCGAUCAGCGGGAUCAGGGGGCAGUGCGACGGGUCCGGUCUUGAAUCCAGUUUUGGCUCGAAUUCUACCGACAACAACAGAGACGCAGAAGGCUUAGGUACCCGAACACGGGCUUCGAUCGGCGCUCUGGCCAUUUCCAUGUUCGCCUGGUUUCUUUUGGGCUUCUAA